CCUUCCUCUCUCUGUUUUAUCUAUUCGUUUUUUCAUUUUUGUUUCUCUGCAGUUAUAGCGACAUGUUUUAUAAUAAUAAUAAUAUUAUUAUUUAGUUUUAUUUUCUAUGGCGUGCUUGCUUUGUUUGUUAACGUGAGAAAGGAAGAGGGGUUGCUUCAGUUUUGUUUUUGAAUGGUAAAGAAAGAAACUUUUGGAGUGGGUUUCUGAAUUUCUUUAGUUUUUUGCUCUGAAAAUGGAGAGGGAUUUUAUGGGUCUGAACUCGAAGGAACCGUUCGUUGAAGUGAAGGAAGGGAUGAAUAAUGAUUGUGGGUGCAAAAACUCAGGUUUCACAAAAGGAGGAAUGGUAAAAUGGCCCUUUAUGAACAAAGUACCUGUCCAUCCUCAUUUGAUGUCCUUGAAUACUCCUCAGCAGAUCAGAUCAGAUGACUCCACUGCGUUCAGAUUGAAAUCUGUGAAUCAUGAUGGACAAGGUGGUGGCAUUCAUUUUUCCCUGACACCUUAUCCUGCACUACAUGAUGUGAAUUAUAUGAACCGCCCUCAUAAUGUGAAGAUGUUUCCAUCCCUAAAGAGUCCUUUUGCAACUGUUGCUCAGAAUAUGAAUGCUUCUGGUAUGAAGCAACCACUACUAGGUGGAAUACCUGUUACAGCACCCCAUUCAUGUGUGAAACCAUGUGUAUCUACUCCUAAACUUACCAUCUUCUAUGCUGGCACCGUGAAUGUGUUUGAUGAUAUCACUCCUGAGAAGGCUAAAGCAAUCAUGUUGAUGGCUAGGAAUGGCAUAUCAGUUGCUUCUAAUGUGACAGUGCCUAAUAAUGUUGAGGCAGCCAGACAUAGUAAACCCAUACCACUCUCAAGUCCUUUAUCUGUUUCUUCACAUAGUGGUGCAAAAUCAGGGAGUGUUUCAAGUAGCAGUGAUGAAUUUCUGACACCUAAAACUUUUGUUAACAAAGCAGACACUCCUAAAGCAGUCAACACAAACACCAUGCUACCAUCAGCUGUGCCACAAGCUCGCAAGGCAUCACUGGCUCGAUUUUUGGAGAAGCGCAAGGAAAGGGUGUUGAGUGCAGCACCAUAUAACCUGAACAAGAAGUGUGAGAAUAUGUCAGAAGAGAGUGCAAGUGAGGGUGCUGAUGCAGUAUAAACCAAGCAAGGAUAGUAGAUAAUAUUUGAUGCAACUUGUAACAUGUAUGCAGAUGAAUUUAUCAGAACUUAUUCUGAGAUUAUUAUGUAUCAAACUGUGUUUUGUCAUUAGGUAGGGCCUUACUUUAAUUAUUUUUGGUGUAGGGCUUUACCUUAUUACUUGAAACAUUUUAGAUUUUACCUUCCAACAGGACAAGUUAUUACAGUGUUGGAAUUAAGAGCAAGUUUAGAUCAUAUUUAUAUUUAUAUUUAUUUUCUGUACAUUCCUUAA